AUGUUAGGCCAACUCCAAAUUUGUUUGGGGGAGAGUCACGUGCCGCGCCGCCAAUACUACGGUGCACCCCAAUUAUUUCUUUUUUUUUUUGUAAUUUUUCGCGUAAAGUUUAGUGGAAAAGAAAGAAUGUUUGGUGUUUCCUCCAGUGGCUUCGGGACAGCAGCCAACACAGCCGGUGGCUUCGGGACAGCGGCCAACCCAACUGGUGGCUUCGGGACAGCGGCCAACCCAACUGGUGGCUUCGGGACAGCGGCCAACACAGCUGGUGGAUUCGGGACAGCGGCCAACACAGCUGGUGGCUUCGGGACAGCGGCCAACACAGCUGGUGGCUUCGGGACAGCGGCCAACACAGCUGGUGGAUUCGGGACAGCGGCCAACACAGCCGGUGGCUUCGGGACAGCGGCCAACACAGCUGGUGGCUUCGGGACAGCGGCCAACACAGCUGGUGGCUUCGGGACAGCGGCCAACCCAACUGGUGGAUUCGGGACAGCGGCCAACACAGCUGGUGGCUUCGGGACAGCGGCCAACUUAACUGGUGGCUUCGGGACAGCGGCCAACCCAACUGGUGGCUUCGGGACAGCGGCCAACCCAACUGGUGGCUUCGGGACAGCGGCCAACACAGCCGGUGGCUUCGGGACGGCGGCCAACAUAGCUGGUGGUUUUGGUGUAACGGGAGGUCUGGGUUUUACGGCUGCUGGUGGUUUUGGCGCGUACGCGGGAGCGAAGAAUAAUAAUAUGGUGGGAAUGGAACAGAACAUUCAGGAAUUUGGAAGCCAGAGCACUGCGGGACGCUACCUGCUGGAGCUGGACAAUGCAUACAACGCUCUGCACCCCAACUGCCGUUUUCGUGCCUUUCUUUACAACAUGUGUGCUCCCGGGCAGUCGACGAUGGCGGUGGAGCGGGAGCGCUUUAUCGCGGCGCAGGCAGGAGGUGGCUGUAAGGAAGAGGAGCUGUUGCGGGCGCAGGAACGCAAUCCGGAUCCGCUUCGGAUGUACCCCAGUCCAAUUCACUUCAUGCAGGAGCUGAAGGCGCGAGCGGAGAAGCAGCAGGAGGUCAUUACCGCCAUGACGAAGCACGUGGACGUUCUGAUCUCAAAAUCCGAGCGCUUUAGAGAAAUGGACGAGGCAAAUGUCGCUCAGUAUCGGGAGCUAAUGCUUGAGCAGGUCAUGCUGCAGCGUCGAUGGUAUUCGCUCCUGAAGAAGGUAGAGACCCUCCGGCAGCUCGGGUUGCCUCUUGGAGAAGAGAGUCGCAUUGCGAGAAUCGUUAAGACCCUCAACCUGCAGCUUUCGGCACCAGGUGUAUACAGGACGGCGCUGUCGGAGCUGCAGCCCUUUUUGGACGCGGAAUCCGCAACUGUCGCAUCACUGCUCCGAAGCCGCCCGGGUGACGAGGCGCGUGAACCCGUUGUGGCAAAAGAGGACGGUAUGCUGCAGCGACGUACAGACCCACAGCUUCUAAAGAACUGGACACGUUUUGCCGAGCGUAUCCAGGAAGGUGUGGAGGCCCUAAUAGAGCUACUGGAGAAGGACUCUGCAGACAUGCGUGCGAUUAGGCAUCGGGUUGGCUUGACAUGA